AUGCUACCAAACCAUCCCAAGUUUCGUCCCACACAACAGAAGCACAAACUACUCACAAGUUCUCUAGCUAGGAGUACGCUAGCAGCAAGCUCGUUCAUAUACCAGCUUGCCUCGAGGUUAUUGAUCUAGCGUCAGGGGGCAGAGAUGGACCGUGUGAUGAAGAUGGCGUCAGAGCGGGGGGUGGUGAUCUUCACCUUGAACUCAUGCUGCAUGUGCCACACGGUAACCCGCCUCUUCACCGACCUCGGUGUCAAUGCUCUAGUUCAUGAGCUAGACCAUGAUCCCAAGGGCAAAGAGAUGGAGAGGGCGCUCCUCAAGCUUCUCGGGAAGGGGCCACCCGUCCCAGCAGUGUUCAUCGGUGGAAAGCUUGUCGGCGGCACCAAUAAGGUCAUGUCUCUGCACCUUGGUGGUGAGCUGGUCCCCAUGAUACGGAAUGCAGGUGCCCUAUGGCUGUAGAGGGCAUUCUACAGGGUCAAUAUAGUCGGAGGGAUGGAUGUUUACAGAGCCUAACUCCGGUACCACUCGGCAAAAUAAAUAGUCGAAGAGUGUGGAAGACAAGUUUUCGUAUAUAGAAUAACCUAAGAGCCUAAGUAGUACGUCGAGAUAGGUUUUUUCAAGUCCUACUCUGACAACAAAUUUUGAAUCACUAUAUGUAGUAAGCUAUGUGCAUGGUUUAUGCAUAUAGCUAGGUUGCUUUUGCGCCUCUGUUCUUACCCCAAUCUAUGUAUCCAUCUAUAUUUUACUCACCCUUUUUGCACGUGCUAUAGAGCUAGUGGAUAUAUAUC